AACAAAAAGCAGACACAGCGAAGAGAAGAGAGGGAGGAGAGGGAGAGGUGAAACAGUGGAAUUAAAAAAAGAAAUUACAGGCAGAGCAGGCGCUGACUGUGACCAGCAGUGUAAACAAAUCCAGAGGAGAUAGGUGGACAUUAAAAGAGAGAAAAAGACAGACAGAGAGAAAGAAAGAUGGCCGAGGCCCCGAAGAUUGAACUCUUCGUUAAGGCCAGUGUGGAUGCUGAGAGUGUGGGGAACUGCCCUUUCUGUCAGAGACUCUUCAUGAUUCUUUGGUUAAAAGGGGCAAACUUUACUCUCACCACUGUGGACAUGAAGAGGGCACCUGAUGUGCUCAAGGCUUUGGCUCCAGGCUCUCAACCUCCCUUCCUCAUCUACAACAAUGAGGUCAAAACAGACACUAACAAGAUUGAGGAGUUCCUGGAGGAGACCUUAGCCCCACCACAGUAUCCUAAAUUGUGCUGUCGAUACAAAGAGUCCAACGGUGCAGGAGAAGACAUCUUCCGAAAAUUCUCAGGAUAUAUAAAGAAUCCCAAUCCUACUCUAAAUGACAUGCUAGAGAAUAAAUUUCUAUCAACUCUGGUGAAGCUGAACAUGUACCUAGAGACGCCUCUCCCUCAUGAGCUGGACAAGAACCCGAAUGCCACUGAGUCCUCACGCCUCUACCUGGAUGGUGACACCCUCACCUUGGCAGACUGUAACUUGCUUCCCAAACUCAACAUUGUCAAGGUGGUGUGUAAGCAGUACCGUGACUUUGCUAUCCCUGCAGAGCUGAAAGGUCUGACACGUUACCUAGAUAAUGCCUACAAAAAGGAUGAGUUUCGCUACACCUGCCCAAAUGACUCAGAGAUCCUCAUUGCCUACCAGUCUGUGGCCAAGUACCUGAACAAGUAGCUCAAGAGGCAGAGGUUAAGCAGCAUCAGUUAGAACAAAGAAGAGGAGAAUGAAAAUGCUGACAAAAAUGUCUGAAAGCUCUACAUGAUUUAUGUUUUAUUUGUGUCAAAAUUAUAUGAUUUUGGAUAAUGAACACUGUUUGCAUUAUCUUUCUAUAAAAAGUAUUGCUGUUACUUCAAAGUUGCUUAAAAUUUGUAUUUGUAUAUACAGUAUGUACUAUGGCAUGCUCUGCUUGUACUGAUGUGGAUUUCUUAUUCAGCCCCUGUCAGAGUGAGAAAGCACUGUAAAUCCCACAGAAUAUUUAUGUUAUGUCUCAUUGUACAUGCAUGUAUUGUGUCUAAACAUUUACCCAAUAUUGGUUGCAGAAUAGUAAUUACAUUUUUGAGUGAAUCAGGUGAAAAAGAAACUAAACUUACAUGUUCUUAAACAUUCAGAAAGUUGAAAAGAAAUGUUUAUGGACAUAGGAUACAAGGACAGAAUCAAUGUCCACAUUUCCAACUUUUUAAGCAAUUCAAAGAGAACAUGAAUGAGAGUAUGUAAAAAUAAAGAAGCAAUGAUAUCAAGUAAUAAAGUAAUGCAAAAAUAGAAAAUAUUGCAGUGAAAUGAAAUUUGGCAUUUCAGUCUGAUUAUAAGGCUAGUUUUGGAUGUGCGAAUAAAGAAAUAAGGAAGUGAAAAGAUCAUUUGUUUCAGGAAAGGCGCAAAUCUGCAUAGAUUCUCUAUUGAAUGCACAUGUGUGCAUAUGUCUGCACCUGUAUGUGUAUGUCUUUCCUUUAACCUUUUGUUGAUCUUGUAGGAAUGUGUUCCCAUGUUUGUCCGCCCGAGAAACAGAAAUAAUUUCACACAAAUUUAAUAAAAGAGUCAGAAAAGUAAGAACAUAUUAUCAGGAAUCAUAACAUAUCUAAAAUAUAUAUUUUAAACAUUUAUGUUGUAAAAUAAACAUUUUAUAAGAG